UCAUGCGCUGCUGCGGUCCUGGCGGGUCCUACACAUUGGUCCGGUGGGGUUGGUGGGGAAAGGGUAGAAGGAGUUGUAAGCUGGGUAGUAGGAAUCAAGUAAUUAAAGAAGGAUGGCAGAGAUGGACACUGAUACGUAGGCAGGGGUACACAACCCCCGGGGCCCCCCCUUUCCCACAAUUUUUUGGGCAAUGGAGGACCAGACGAGGCAGUCAAUAGGGCAAAGCUACGAUGAAGGGAUUAUGCAGAUAAACCCAAACUUCGGUCAGGUCAUUACUGAUGAGAAAGGAAGGAGGUUCAAGGUAAACAAAUCGCUGGACGCCAUCAAGGAAAGAUGGCUGAAGGAGAGAACGGUCAUCGUGGUGUUCCAAGAGGAGGCCCGUAAUUUAACGAGAGGAGCUAAAGAAGACCUCAUUAGAGCCUAUGAGGACGGGUGGCUGGCGAGGAGGCUAGUUAAUCCGGAGGUACGAAGGGGCAGGGUCACGUUUGAAGGGGCGAAUGUUGUUUCAUAUGUAGCAAAGGCGCCGGAGGUGGCUGCAUGGAUGGUUCAGAUGGCGACAACAAAGCUGAAUCUAAGGGGCAUGGACUAUCUGGUGGUUUUCAGACCAUGGAUGACGAAGACAGACCUGAAGGAUCUCAGGUUGAAGGAGGCAGAGACUAACUUCUGGAUAGUGGCUUUGAGAGUUCCAUUAGAGGCUUUUUACUACCUAGCUUCUGCAGUGGAAGGACUAGCUGGAGAAGUAAAGCAUAUGCACCCGCCGGAGGUUGACCGCUCACGUCCAAAGCUGAUGAAUGUAAAGUUUGAUAUGGAGCCACAGGCCAGGUACCGAGUGGAGGAUAUGUUGGCGGUAGAAUCCCCAAAAGGGGAGAUCUGGAGGGUGGAGGUGGCCACUCCCUACACCGACUGGUGCCAUCGGUGCCGCUGGUAUUUUCACACAGAGGACCGCUGCCCCAGAGCACUUCAGUUAGACCGUCCACCGAGACAGUGGUCGAACUCACGGUUACCUCGUCAGAAUGGACCAGGCCAGUCACAGGAGGCCGGGGGGGCCCAGGGUGUACCAGCCCAGGGUGAGGGACCGAGACCACCGCCACGAGGGGCACCUGCCCCAGAUAAUGCAAGGUCACAUCAAGUCGCUGGUACAACAGCACUAGGUUCCCAAGGGAGAUAGGUCAGCGGGAACAAACAACAGGGAAGCCAACCUCUAGUGCAGCCAGGUCCCCCCCCACUGGCACAGGGGAGCUUUGAGGGGAGAGGAGGAGGAGUUGAAUACGGAGCUCAAGCCCCUGCACAUAUGGUCCAGCAGGGAGUAUCCCCCGGAAGUCAUCAUCCCACUUGUCCGCCUCCGAUGCCAUGCUGCGCACACACACAACCCACAAACCCUGACAAUCCUCAUUACUUGCAGAUGUAUGCAAGGGCGGUCGGCCCGUUGGGGCCUCCACCCUCCCAUUGGGGGGGGCAAUGGGACGCAGAGUUGCAGGCAAUCCAUCUGCAGUCACCGAUACAACAAAGAGCCUUGCAACAC